AUGGGUUUCGGUGUAUAUGGUAUUGUGUUUAUGGGUUUUGAUGUAUUUGGUAUAUGUUACCGGUGCUGGUUUGAAGUUUUGGUGGCUGGGUUUCGUCUGGAUUGGGCAGUCUGGUUUUUGGCAGUUGAUAUAGGGCAGUCGGUGCUUGGGUUACUGGUGGGCAGUUGGUGUGAUGUCGCUUGGUUGGGUCGUCACUGGGUUGGUUUGGCGCUGUCGGUUUACAGCUUUGUGGAUGUUGUGUUGCUGCUAAUCGUCGACUGUCUUGAUAUUGACGGCUGCUAA